AUGGCGGCCGAUCCUCACAAUCUCCCCGACCCGGCCGUCGAUACUGCCAUCCGGCAGCUUCUUGAUCAGCAAGCAGAGAUUCAAGCAAGACUUGCCGCCUUGUUGCCCGCCAAGUAUGGCCCAAAUGUCAGGCUGGAGCUUGACAUGCUCCGCCAUAAGCUACGCGUGUUGCAGACAUACUCCGAUCAUCACCAAAUUUCGAGCAGUAUACCAGUCGUCUCCGAGUUGGAAGAGGCAAGAUCUUUGCAGUAUCGAUGCGAAUGCAUUGAGACUGCUUGCUUGGAGCAGGGCCACGAUCUCUCAGACCCAAGUAUGAUGGAGGCGCUCAGGCGGUCGCUGUACGAUGAGGCACCCGCAGGCUAUGCGGCCUGGUUCGAUCGCAAUCUGGCAAAUUAUGACCCAGUCGUUCGCGGUUGGAGGAUGAGGGAUAGUUUGUCACCAUCAUCGCGAGCUCCGUCUUACAAAUGCUGGGAUGAGCGCUGCAUACAUUACAUAUACGGCUUCUACAACAAAGAGGAUCGAGAUGCCCACGCGCGAGAACACAACAUUCAUGUCCAUAGGGACUCAGGCAUGUCUGUUGGCAACACCCCGCCCAUUCCUUUUCCCGAAUACUCGACGACGAGACCUUGGGGACCCGAGGCUAGCAAACAACUACUCCCUUUACAACUGCCAAAUCCCUCAAGCGGUGCACAACUAACAUCCCUGACGACUGCGGGUCAGCCGAGAGACCGUCGCGAUACCUUACAGUCCUACUCGCUUAUCAGCGAUCCCUCAGGGCCUGGAAGAGGUUCUGUGGAUUCCGAAGUCGACCCUUUACUUCCACCUCUGAAGCGCAGCAGGGUGGGACAAUCUCGGUUGCAGUCCAUUGGUGAGCUCAGGCUACUCCAGGACUCCGGGCCUUGUUUGCGCUGCAUGGUGACGAAAGAGCCAUGCGAUUCCAGUGAGCCUUGCUACUAUUGUACCGAUCAACCAAUGAGUCCGAGCAGCGAGUUUUGGCGAGUUAUUGGCUGUCAUCGUGGGCCAUUGGAGGCCUUUUCCGACAUAAUGCUUUCAGCUCCCGUGUCACCCAGGCAAACCCAAACUCCGAUAACGUCUCCACUUGCGCAGAGGAGGAGCAUGAACGAACACCUCGAAAAUAGCUAUCGAAUACCUCCUGACAUACUCCACGCCGUAAAAGCAAAUCUGGACUUCGACGACGGCUUUUGGUGGACAGAAGAGCUUGCCAGUCUACCACUGACAAAUCCUACCCUUUCCAACUACUCUCGAGAAGCAAUUGAGCGUCCACCGCCGAUCUUGAGCGUUCUGACGGCAAGCUGGAAUGGAGGUGGAACAUCGUACAACUUUCUCCACCUCCUUAAAACCAGCGGCUUGAUUGCAGCGACAAGAGAGAUGGAAGAGGCAGCGUUCCCGGUUUUGUACCGAGCAAAACUCCUGUUGCGGGAAGUCAUUUUCUGGGAUCUCCAGCAACCCGAACCAUCCAUCCGUAUAGAAGGCGGGCCGCCUCAUCGAGCUUUGUUUGCGGACGAGAUCGACCACGACGCACACUAUCGCUUGCUCUACAACUGUAUGGCACAGUUCCUCCAAGCGUUCGAAGGUGUAACGAUGAGGAAAGGCCCUCAAGACGCAAAGACGUGGCUCGCAACUUUCAUAUCUCUAUGUAUAUUCAGCGUUGUACGAACGAUCUUCAUUGACAUGACGUCCUUUCUGCCUAGGCGUCUUGCAGUGCAAACGCCAACUACGUGGAGAGGAAGUUCCGGCGCACAAGCAAUGCACAGUGUCUACAAGCUUCUAGUUACCAUCUUUGUCGGCUCGGGGCCGAUGCUUUUGGACGAGCAAUCUUACAGCAUGGAUGAGCGCGACAGAAUGGUGGUGGAGGCCCUGUUGAUGGUUGUACGCAAAGAUCUGUGGGCGCAGCACGGAUUUUCGUCUUCCGCGGAUUUCUUGAUGCACCUUGGAGACGGCGAUACGGUAGGCACGGCCGUCUUUAAUGGAUUUCUCAGGCAAAGGAUUCCUGCAAGAGCCAGUUCUCUUGUACUGCCGCCAAUGGUUAAGCCCGGAGACGAACCAAGGCGACCGAUGCACGAUCCCCGAGCGCUAGGCGACCCCUGGAUCCCGAACCCGGCCCCACUCCCGGAAAGAGACUUAUUUGCCGGAGGAGGGCUGGAUUACAUGACAUCUCCACAGGCAAUGGACCCUUUGGGCCGUCGACAUACAGUUGGGGAGAGCCCAACAUUUCCUCGUGGACCCAUGAGGCCCUUGGAGUCACCAGUCGCAGGCGGAAGAGGACGUCCAACAUAUCAACGACCGCCACUGCGUCGAGUCUAUUGCAUCAAAUGUAACGAGUACCCGGAGGGAUUCCGCGGUGAGCAUGAGCUACGAAGACACACCGACGCGAAGCAUGCUGCCCUGGUAAAGCGCUGGGUGUGUACCGAGCCAGACAGUUACAGCUCGGCUUUGCCUCAGCCAGUGGUUCCUUUGUCGAAGUGUAAGGCUUGCGUCACGCAAAAGCGUUACGGCGCUUAUUAUAACGCGGCAGCGCAUCUUCGCAGAGCUCAUUUCAAUCCGCACAGAGGUGGAAAGGCCAGCGGUGACUGGCCGCCUAUGACCAUUUUGAAGGACUGGAUGCGAGAAGUGCGGCAAUCCGUCGACAUCCAAGACAACGACGAGUCCAGUGGAGGUGAAGAGGGGGACUACAAACCGCCGCCGGAAUACUUUACACAGGCGCCGCCCCCGCCCCCGCCAAUCCGCUCCCCGAACUUUGGCCCUGCUAUGAUAGCAGCAGCUCCGCCGUCUGUUCCGAUGCUGAUCGCACCGGCAGAGCCCAUGGUAUCCUCGCAACUGAGUAGUCCUUCAACAAAGACUCUCGACAAUCGAACGCGAUGUCCUCAUCCUGAUUGUGGAAGAGUGUUCAAGGAUCUAGCAGCACAUAUGCUUACUCAUCAGGAGGAGCGGCCGGAGAAAUGUCCGAUAGAGACUUGCGAAUAUCAUAUCAAGGGCUUCGCCCGGAAGUAUGACAAGAAUCGGCAUGCCCUAACACACUAUAAGGGCACCAUGAUAUGCCCCUUUUGUCCCGGAGUGGGUACUGCGUACGAGAAAGCGUUCAACCGAGCCGACGUGUUCAAACGACACUUGACAUCCGUCCAUAACGUGGAACAGACACCACCCAACAGUCGGAAACUAAUCAUUAGUGGAUCCGGCAAUGUUCGCGGCGAUGGCGCUCAAUGUUCCAUCUGCCAAGGCUUCUUCGGCACAGCCCAGGAAUUUUAUGAGCAUUUGGAUGAUUGCGUUCUUAACGUUAUUGUACCCUCGUCGGCCAAGACACCCCGAGACUCGUCGCUGCUUCCCUCAACAUCGUCUGGCAUGGAGGACAGAGAGAGGAUGGGCGACAGCGAUACCAUAAACGUAAAACCAAUGUCGCCUCCUGGCGAGAAGAUGGAUAUCAACCCAUAG